AUGCAGUUUGAUUUGCACAAAAUUGGGAGUGUCAUCCUGAAAAGAAUGAUGGAUAACACUAUCAACCUUGACAACUGUGAUUUGCUAUUUCUGUAUGAUAAUCUGAGCAAAGAACUUGCUACUAGAAGAUACUUGAUUGUUCUGGAUAAUCUCUGGGAAGAAGAUGGAAAUAAUCUUGAAAGGCUCAAGGAGAUGUUACAGCAUGGCCGAAAGGGCAGCCGUGUUAUAGUAACUACCCGAAACCUACGCAUAGUGCAACAAUUGCGCACUGGUUUUCUUGCAAAUCAGAGGAAAAUUUGCCCAGUUCCUGAGUCUGAAAUAAUAGAGUUGGAUGUUUUAGAACCUGGUGACGGUUGGGAAUUAAUGAAGCAAAGGGCAUUUGGAGCUGAUGAUGACCACAAUGGCUUGGAAGAAAUCGGAAAGCAGAUUGCAGCCAAGUGUGGGGGUUUACCGCUCGUGGCCAAUGCUCUUGGGCAAGUAAUGUCGGAGCAGAGGACCGUGGGGGCAUGGGAACAUAUAAGAGAUACUAAGUUUGAUUUGGGUUUGAGAGAAGGACAUCAGAAAGAAACAUUAGAGAGGCUAGUGUUGAGCUAUUACCACAUGAAGCCAAAAUUCAAACUGUGUUUCAUAUACUUGGCAACCUUCCCCAAGGGCUUUGUCAUGGACAACAGACAUAUAAUCCAGCAAUGGAAUGCACUUGGAUACAUCAAUUCAAGGCAUGAUGGUCAAUGCUGCAUCAACUACCUUUUGGGCAUGUCCUUUCUACGAAUUCCAGGAUCUGCUUCGGUUAGUCCAAGUUCAUUGCAUUUCAAAGCUCCUCAAGAACUUGUCAUGCAUGAUUUGGUGCAUGAUCUUGUAUCAGUAAUUGGUGCUGAUGAAUUCAUUGAUCUGGAUGCUACCAAAAGCACCAGCUGGAACAGAGCUCGUUACUGCCGACAUGCACAGUUAACCAACUUCAAGAAUGACCCCGAGGCUUUCAAACAUAUUCCAGGCAAGCUUAGAUCCCUCCACUUUAGGGAUUUGGGGGGACUGCAACUCCCAAAAAAGGCAUUCUCUCGGUCCAAGUACAUACGUGUCUUGGACCUAAGUGGACAUUCAGCUGAAUGUCAAUCUGCUCCAAGUAGAGUGGUGCUGCCAUCUUCCAUUAAUCAGUUGAAGCUAAUUAGGUACCUUGAUGGCACAGGCUUGCCUAUAAAGUCACUUCCUAAGAAUUUUCAUGCACUUCAAAACAUGGAAACUCUUAUUCUGUCCAAUUCCUUAUUUGAAAUCUUGUCUGACAGUAUUUGUCGCCUCACCAAACUUUGCUAUUUGGACCUAUCUGGCAGUAGCGGCCUCAGUAAGCUGCCUGCAUCACUAGGGGAGCUCUCUCAACUAUUUUUCCUUAAUCUAUCCGGUUGUUCUAUACUCCAAGAGUUGCCUGAAUCAAUCUGUGAGCUUACGUGCUUACAUCACCUGGACAUGUCAGAUUGCUGUGCUCUUCAAAAGCUGCCUGAUAAAUUUGGUGGCCUUCUUAAACUAUCAUUCUUAAACUUGUCAGGAUGUUCGAAGCUCACCAAACUACCUGACAAUGUAAGCUUUCCGUGUUUAGAGCAUCUGAACCUAUCUAGUUGUCACGAGCUAGAAAACCUGCCAAUUGAUUUCGGCCACCUUCAGAAGCUUGAGUUCAUGGACCUCUCUGGUUGCUACAAGGUUCCGCUGCUACCAGUAUCAUUUUGCCAACUUAAUCAUUUAAAACACCUAGAUCUUUCGGAUUGUCAUAAUCUCAAAGAACUCCCUGACUGUUUUGGUCACCUCUUCGAGCUUGAAUAUUUGAACCUAACAAGUUGUGCUAAGCUUCGACUAUUGCCUGAGUCAAUAUGCAAGUUGUUUAAGCUGAGGCGUGUCUAUCUGUCAUACUGUCUGAAGCUCAGUGAGCUCCCCUCCUCAUUUGGUGACCUUGAGCUUCACAUACUGCACAUGAAUUGCCUUAGAGAUAUGAAUGACUGCCCUGACAGCAUCGGUGACAUGACUAGUCUAACCCAGUUUGUGACUUAUAAUGCAACUUCUGGUUUGCUUGAUAAGGCUAGAGAAAUUCGAAGGCGCCUAAAUCUUGUGGGAAAUGUACAUGAGGUAAAGAGUGGAGAAUGCAGUAUAGUGGAUCUUGUGGGAUUGGCUUGUUCAGAUCUGAAACUUGAAGGCCUUCAGAAUGUCGAGCAUCCAGGUGCAGACAGUCUCAAACUGCGUGAUAAAUCAGACAUUCGAGUGUUACAACUUUGCUGGGAAGAUGAAGGAGGUGAAUCUGUGCUGGACAGGCUCGUUCCUCCUCGGACUCUUGAAGACUUUUCGCUAAUCGGGUAUAGGAGCAGUGAAUUCCCUGACUGGAUGUUUGACAUCUCGUCAUAUCUCCCUUUUCUCAGUGAACUGAAUCUUAAAGGUUUGGAAGCAUGUGAUCAUCUUCCUCCAUUUGGGGCACUGCCAAAUUUAAGAAGGUUGUCUCUGCAUAACAUUCCCAACAUCAGAAAAAUCGGUAAGAAAUUCUAUGGAGAGGGCGGACCUUGUCUGAAACUAAGAGUACUGAUGUUGAACUCGAUGGAGAAUUUGGAAGAAUGGUGGACAACAGAGUCAACUAAAGAAAACGAAGAGUUUCUAAUUCCCAAUUUGCAUUAUUUGGAGGUAGUGAACUGCCAAAAGCUGAAGUUCCUACCAUAUCCCCCAAGAAGUAUGUUUUGGUUUUUGAGCAACAGCGAGAGAGUUUUGCCAGAACGUGGAUCUGGAAAGCUCUCGUCUUCCAUUCCUCCUUCUGAGAUGGUUCUAGGGAACUGUAGUUUCUCUGAAGACAAGUGGGAUAGACUUCAACACUUCCCCACCCUUGAGAUAUUUCAGUUAACAUCCAUCAGUGGCUUGAGGACUUUGCCAGAGGUCAUGCGAUGCUUCAGCUCUCUCACUGCACUACAUUUAUCUAAGUUGAAGGACCUAGGGGCACUGCCAGUAUGGCUGGGCCUCCUUGAAUCUGUACAAAAAAUUGUAAUCCUAGAUUGCCCGAGCAUGACAUCCUUACCUGAAAGCAUGAAGAACCUCACCGCUCUUAAAAUAUUGAUAUUAUCAGAGUGCAAAGGCCUGGAGACAUUACCUGAAUGGUUGGGACAGUUGACUUCUCUAGAACAUCUUGAGAUCAUGGAUUGCCCCAACCUGACAUCUUUGCCUGAAAGCAUGAAGAACCUUCCUGCUCUUAAAAUACUGAAGUUAUUAGAUUGCGAAGACCUGGAGACAUUACCUGAAUGGUUGGGACAACUGACUUCUCUAGAAGAACUUAAGAUCGGAUGUCCCAACCUGACACCUUUACCUGAAAGCAUGAUGAACCUCACCGCUCUUAACAAAGGCCUGGAGACAUUACCUGAAUGGUUGGGACAGUUGACUUCUCUAGAUCAACUUUUAAUCGAAGAUUGCCCCAACCUGACAUAUUUGCCUGAAAGCUUAUGGAGUCUCUCUGCUUUGAAGCUACUCAAAAUUGUUGGAUGUCCAAGUCUGGCUGAAAGGUGCCAAGGGGAGGAUGCCCGCAAGAUUUGUAACAUCCCCAAUAUCGAAUUCAGCUGA